CUUGAAGAUCGCUCUGUGGUCCCUCGAGAUGUGGUCAGACAUAUGAGCUCCAGCGACAGCCAGUGUGGGACUGUAAUUGAUGUCAACAUAGAGUGUGCUGUGAAGCUGGUAGGAACCAACUGCAUCCUCUACCCUGUCAACAGCAAAGACCUGCAACAUAUCUGGCCCUUCAUGUAUGGUGACUAUAUAGCCUAUGACUGCUGGUUGGGCAAGGUCUAUGAUUUGAAGAACCAGGUCAUCCUGAAGCUUUCCAAUGGAGCCAGGUGUUCUAUGAGCACAGAAGAUGGAGCCAAGCUGUAUGAUGUUUGUCCUCAUGUCAGUGACUCGGGUCUCUUCUUCGAUGAUUCAUAUGGCUUUUAUCCUGGGCAAGUCCUCAUUGGGCCUUCUAAAGUCUUCUCCAGUGUACAGUGGCUCUCAGGUGUGAAACCUGUUCUGAGCACAAAGAGCAAGUUCAGAGUGGUGGUGGAGGAGGUACAGGUGGUAGAGCUAAAGGUUACUUGGAUCACUAAAAGCUUCUGUCCUGGAGGUACUGACAGUGUGAGCCCUCCUCCCUCAGUAAUUAGCCAGGAGAACCUGUCCAGGGUAAAGCGUCUGGGGUGCUUUGACCAUGCCCAAAGGCAGCUUGGGGAAAGGUGCCUCUAUGUGUUCCCGGACAAAGUGGAACCUGCAAAAAUCACCUGUGAAUGCCCUGAGAGGAACUGUGUCCUGGGUGAAGGAUCAGUUGCCAAAAAGGUGAGGCGACUGCUGAAGAAACAGAUAGUGAAGAUCAUGUCAUGCUCCCCAGAGUCUCAGGGUACCGGCGAAGCCCCUGACAAAGAGUCUGCUGCAGUUGCAGACCAAAAAUCAGAAGAGCUUAAGCCUGGAUCAAAGUGUGAGCUGGAUGACUCUUCGAACAGUGCACCGAGUCCUGGAGAGAGAAAGGAGGAGCCGCCUGAAGAAAUGGGGAAGGAGAAAGGGGGAGCAGCAGCGCGACAGCAGCAGCACCCCUUUCUGCUGAAAGACGAGGGGUCGUCUGACUACCGGCUUCAGUCCAUGGAGCAAGAUGCUGAUGAUGAGGCAGCUGAUGACACAGAUGACACUAGCUCUGUCACCUCUUCUGCUAGCUCCACUGCAUCUUCCCAGAGCGGCAGCGGCACUGGCCGCAAGAAGAGCAUCCCUCUUUCCAUCAAAAACUUGAAGCGGAAGCACAAGAAGAAAAAGACCAAGAUUUCACGAGAGUUUAAGCCAGGAGACAGGGUUGCUGUAGAAGUGGUGACCACGAUGACUUCAGCAGAUGUGAUGUGGCAGGAUGGCACCGUGGAGACAAACAUUCGCUCCAAUGAGCUGAUUCCAGUCCAUCAUCUGGACAACAACGAGUUCUGCCCUGGGGAUUUUGUGGUGGACAAAAGAGCUCAGAGCUCCCAAGACCCCGGGUUGUAUGGAGUCGUCCAGUCUGGUGACCAUAUUGGCCGUACUUGUGUGGUGAAGUGGUUCAAGCUGAAAUCCAGCGGAGAUGAUGUGGAGCUGAUCGGGGAGGAGGAGGAUGUGAGCGUGUAUGACAUCGCUGAUCAUCCAGACUUCCGCUUCCGCACUACUGACAUUGUGAUUCGCAUUGGCAACUCGGAUGGAGCCACAGCUAAGGAAGACGAG